UGCGCAAACUUCUUUAUGUCUGAAAACCAGCUGGGCUCCCUGGGAGACGCAUCCGCCAUGGGAAACUGGCUGUGCUGUGGGGGAAGCUGGAGCUGCCCAUCGACUUUCCAGAAGAAAAACAAAACAGCGAGCCAAUCAAGACCCACACUGAACAUCCUGAAGCAGCAACAGCUAUGGCAGAAUGGCACAAAGGACUAUGAAACAACAGCACCAACGUACGAGCAAGUGUUACACUCGCCUGUAUCUCAAGAGAUAAGUCCAGACUUCGCAUUGGAGGAGAAUGACUUGCAUUAUGCGGACAUUCAUGUGCUCAGCCAAAUGCGACCAUGCUCUCUCAGGAAAGUGAAAUGCCUGCGUUCAGAAUCUGCUACAGAGUACGCUACCCUUCGCUUCCCACAGGUCGCACCUCAAUAUGACAGCAACAAUGGAACCCUGGUGUGAGCCCUUGGGAGGAAGUUCCAAUUUCUAUGAUUUUACCAUCCUGUGGGGAUAAUCUACUGUUCUCGAGAACAAGGACAUGUUUUAAUCUUAACACCAGAACAUCUGGAAUUAUGUGUCCCCCUACUCUCUCCACUAUGAAUCUUUUGGUUUGCCACUGUUGUGGUAAGGUUAACUAUGGCUGGGCUCAGUUCCAAAAAAUAUUUAUGUGCAAAAAGGUUGUCCUUUGAGCCCUAACGUUAUUUGGAUUCUCAAAUGCAACAAGAACUCUCUAUGCACUUUGGCUGGUUCUGAUAGGAGUAAUUUAAUGAUAUUUGGUUUUGUUUGGGCUUUUUGUUGUCGUUGUUUAUUUGGUUAUUGCUUGGUGGUUUUUUUUUUUUUUUUUUUUUUUUUAUAAACAAGAUCUCAUGUAGCCCAGGCUUGCCUGGAACUUGCUGCAUAGCUGAGGAUGGCCUUGAAAUCAUGGUCUAUCCCAGCCUCCUACUAUCGGUGCUGGGGUUAGAGAUGUGGCCACUCUGCUAGCUAAUUAUAUCCUGUUUAUAUACCAGUACCCCAAAGCGGAAGAGAAAUGCUCUGGGAAAAUUUUCCGAGCCCUUGCACACAGCCCCGGGACUACUGUAGGCAAUCAACCUAAUAGCUGGGUCAAGGGCUCCAGACCUCAUCACAGAGAUGGGACUCCAACCUUUGAGCUGCAAGGACUUCAAUUUGUCGACGCUAACAGCCUGGAGACGACAUCCUGAAGAAACUCUCCUCGCAGGACUGUUAGCUCUCUCUGAGGAACCUUUAGAAUCAAUCAAUAAAUGUUAUCUAGAACAGGC